ACCGGCGGGCGGGGCGGGGCGGCCGCGCUCAUGUGACACCGCGCAGCAACGGGAGCCGCCGCCGCUGCCGCCAUGGUGCUGUCCCCGCUCGCCCUGCUCCUGACGCUGGCCGCCGCCGCCCUGGCCGAGCCCCUUCGCUUCGUCGACUGCGGUUCCAAAGACGGCAGCAUCCAAGAGGUGAACGUGAGCCCCUGCCCCACGCAGCCCUGCCUGCUCCACAAAGGGACAUCCUACAGCAUCAACGUCACCUUCGCCAGCAAGAUCGAGAGCCAGGGCAGCAAAGCGAGGGUGUACGGCGAGAUGCUGCAUGUGGAUAUACCCUUUCCCAUUCCUGAGCCUGAUGGAUGCAAGUCUGGGAUCCAGUGCCCCAUUCAGAAGGGCCAUUCCUACAGCUACCUGAACAAACUCCCUGUGAAGAGCGAGUACCCCAGUAUUAAGCUGAUUGUGAAGUGGGAGCUGGUGGAUGACCAGGACCAGAUGUUGUUCUGCUGGAAGAUACCAGUACAGAUCACCAGCUGAGGAGCCCUGCCAUUAGCAGGGCUUGGGGAGGGGAAAGCCAGAAGAAAACGCAGGCCAAAUUCUUUUAUAUAAUAAGCAUUUCUUACUGCUUCCUUCAGAGCUCUGCAGCCUCUGAGCAGCCAGUACUGUGUUCCUGCAAGGUCAGCUGCAGGCAGAGGGCUUUUACCCCGUUUAGAGCCCCCUGGGGUGUUAUCACAGCGGCUCAAGGGGGAGCAGUGUCUGCUGCAGGAGUGACUGCGCAUCAUCCUCCAGCUGCUCUGCAGAGGCACUUCAGUUGUUUGAAAUGGAGCUGUCUGUCCUCAGAAAGGAUUUUUUCUUCGAUGAACCUGGCUAGUGUCUGAGCUGCUAUUUGGUAACCCUUCAGUGCCUCUUCUAGAAUGCCGGCGGCAUCCACCCUCCUGCACUUCUGCUCCGUCAUGACCGGGAUGCCCGUGGGACCUGCGUUUCCCAUCCAUGCAGCUGAAGGAGAGGGCAGGAGACUUUCCCUGAGCUGGCAUGGCAGCCUGCUCUGUCCUGGGCCCGUGCGUGAGCUGGUAGGGCUGCAGCUGGGAAAACUUCUUUUUUGUGGAUGCAAAGCCAAAUGGCAUUCGACAUCUUUGCAGGGAUGAUUCUUACUUUAACCAAUGGUUUGCACUACUACUAACUCAGAGCUGCUGGGAGCUCCUGAACCUCUUUUUAUAACUUUCCUUUUAAUAAAGGCUAGACAAAAUCUU